AUGGUCUCGCAACUCAAGUCGAUCACGUUCUUCAUUAUUCUCAUUAUGACUGUCACCACUUAUGUACAAUCAGCACCAUCGAAUGGUGGUUGGGGCGGAUCGUCAGCAGCUGGUUGGAGCAGCUCUCCAUCGGGAAGCUUUGGUGGCGCAUCCGCAAGUGGACAGGCAGCACGAAACGGGAAAGCUAACAAUGAAGAAAGAAUGCUUGUGAAGGGCUGGAUUACCCUCAAUGAUCCUCAAUGA